CCAGUUACUUGGGGAGAGACUCAAUGACAAGGAAAAUGUCAUUUUGUCUCCCAAAUUGCCCAGGUUCAGCCCACAGGAGACAGUGGAGCUGGGGCCUUGGCCAAAUACAGACACACUGGGACACCUGUCGCCCCUUGAGCCUCAGGCGCAUUAACUCCAGGAUCCUGAAGGGCAAAAGUGAGUCCACCCCGAAGGUGGAGAAGGUUGGCAGGGUGGGGACUUUGGAGCCAGGCACACUAGAGAAGCUGGUGAACCACCUGGUGUCUGCCCAGCGCCAAGGGGAUCCCUUCUUCGUGCCUGCAUUCCUGUCCACCUACAGGCGGUUUGCCACCACACAGCAGGUGCUGGAUCUGCUGUUCCUCAGGUACAGAUUCUUUCACCCCAGCUCUGAGGAGGACCAGAAAAAUAAGAGUGCUCUGAGCUCCCUCCUGGAGACCUGGUUGCUCCAAUACCCAGCAGACUUUUGCCAGUGCCCAGACCUAGGCAGCCUGAAGCAGCUCAUCGUCUAUGCACUCAUCAACCUGCCAGACUCCCAAAUCAUCCCGCAAGUGUGCAGAGUCCUGACCCAACCUGGAGUCUACUAAAUAUGCUCUGAUUUCCUACGGGUCAGAGCUACCUUCCACAGUGGCAGCCUUCAAGGGAGACCAGCAGCAGAGGAAAGGCCUGGAAACCAUGCAGGGCUCCAGCUGCAGGGCCUUCCUUCCCUUCCCUCCUUUCCCCUCCCCUCCCCUUCCUUUCCUUCU